AUGGCGUUGCCGCCGAUGGAAGAUGUUGCCAUCAACCGGAAUCCUCAGUGCCGCACCAGCAGUGGGACGCCUCAGCAGAAGGUCGCUUCUCAGCCACCCGAGACGCAGCGACACAAGGCUCAAUCUUUGGCCGCCGCCACGAAGGACUGGAAGUGGCUCGGAAUGUUCACGCCGCCGGACAGGAUACGAAACCGUAUACCUGGCCUCCUGACGAGGGCUCUGCCCAUCUACCUGAUCCCAUUUCUACUCGGAGGCAAUGCCACCAGGAGCCUCUACUGCAUCCUGGUGACAGUGGCGUCCAUGGCGAGUGACGACAUACCUGUGCCAGUGACGGCCUUUGUUCCCAUCGUCCUCGUCCAGCUCACGGGCCUUAUGGAACCGGAGAAGUUGGGCUCCGCCUUCAUGAACAGGCUUCGGGUGAGUCUGGGUCCUGGCUUCGAGGUGGCCACGUUCAGCCCGGCGAGGGACGGUGACACGUUCGCUCAGCCAACCUGCGAGUCCAGGGAGUGGGGAUCGCCCCCCUUCCUGGACAUCGGGCCCCUCCUCGUCAAGCAGUACAAGGGACCCCAUAGAGCAGUCAGGAAGGCUUCGUUCGACCCCGUCCCACUGAGGUCGGUGCCUCAACUACCCAUCCGCCGCAUCCAGUCCUUCUCGGGGCGGGGAAACGUCAAGCGAUGCUCCAUCCUCAAGGACACCAGGACGGGCGAAACGGGGGCGUCGCCAGACCUGUCUCCGACGAAACCCGACAGUUCCGGAGGAGACAAAUCGCGCAGCCCGGAGGUGCCUUUUGCUCGAAGGGCAUGGAUUCUCAAACCGACCGGCUCGGCACCGAGGUCGUCCCCGUCGUUCAAACCGAACACGGUGGGUUCCCCCGCCACCGCUCAGUCCGUGCCAACCUCUCCCUCCGGACCGACCAGCGAGAGAAAGAUGUCGAUUCUAAAGGAGCCCACCACUCGACGUCCAUCCAUCCUGAAGCCCCCGUCGGACUUCCGAGCCAAGCGGACUUCGUUGGCCAGAUGCGACGACGAUCCGGCGCCGUUGGACAAGAGGCUGGCCGAGCUCGGAGACAUCGCGGGCACCAGGCGAUUCAAGCCCCUGCAGAUGGUCCAGGGCAUGGCCAACAGGAUGUUCGUCGAGAGUCCCAGGAACGCAGAGGGAGCACCCCAUGUGAUUCUCUCGAAGCAAGAAACCUUAUCCUUUGAAUCGCAGCAGAUCUCAUCGCCCGAGACGCUUAAACUUCAAACAGUAUGCGUUAGCCUGCGCACGGCGCUUCUGCUCGGCGCCACCAUGACGGCAAUUUUCGGCAACCUGGCAAGUUUCUGGAACGUUCCAGCCCGAAAAGCUAUCUUGCAUCACUUGAGCAAGUACCAGCUAGUGAGUGCGUGGAGCUGGUUCAUCGUCACCGUCCCCGUCGCCACCGUCUGCUCGCUGGUUUCCUUUGGUCUCAUCUACGCCAUCUACCUCGUCCCCAUUGAGGAGUUUGACGAGAGCCUACAAGAGGACAUCAACAAGUGCGCCGUGGCCAGGCUCAAAGAGCUGCGGGGCUACAGGUUCGAGGAGGCUCUGGUGGCCUACUGGUUCCUGUUGUUCCCGUUUUACUACGUGUCCAACAUCUCGAAAACCUAUGACGCAGAACAACUGGAGGCCCCGCUCCUGGGUCUGUCGGCCAUCGCCAUGAGCAUGCUGCCGCGCAGAAGCAGGUGGUUCUGGGCCCGGCACCGGCUGGCGCCCUGGGAGGUGAUCAAGUCGCGCAUGCCCUGGAGUGUCAUCGUCAUGUACGGCUCCGUCUCGACCCUCGCACUUCUGGCCGAGGAGCACAAUGUGGUCAAGUACAUCUUCGACCGGGUGGGCCGUAAGUUCUGGCAGUACAAGUCUGUGCAGACAAAUCAGCUCCUCCUCUGCCUGCUGGCCGCCUUCCUCUCCGAGUUCGUGGGCAACACCACCCUCAACAAUCUCAUGAUGCCCAUCGUCAUCAACAUCGUGCGUGAGACCACCUAG